AUGGAACCGAUCAGCAUCUUCACCACUUUACCCGAUGAGAUUCUCAUCAUGAUCUGUGGAAAUAUGUGUCGGCAUUGCACUCAUCCAUCGAAAAUGUCCGGCUCGUCUUGGAAAUACUGCGAAUCGACUCUAUCAUCUCUUAGCCAGACAUGUCGGCGCUUGCGAGAUAUCGCGCAGCCGGUCUUGCAUCACACUGUCACUCCUUGGAACAUGAUACCGUUUGUGCGGACCAUCAUUGCGAGGCCAGAUUUGGCUUCUCAAGUUCGCCAAUUAAACACUAACGAAGUCAACGAAUCUGAGCCUUUUCAAAGAGAUAUCAAGAUAUGCCAAGCAGAAGCACGACGCCUCAAUAUUAGAGACCGUAACGAGUUGGCUCGAACUCUGCUGGAUAACAGAAUCACUUAUUAUCAUCUACUCCUUGAGCUGGCACUGGCGCUGCUUCCGAACGUAACCAAGCUGAGCCUCAUGAUGCCAUUUGGCACCGACUACCAAUCAGAAGAUUUUUUCAAGCUACCCGUUGCAAUGAAGUUCGUCAGCAGCUUGGUAUUGCUUCCCCAGGAACCAGUUGACCUUGGCCACCUAAGGAGCUUUCUAGCCAUGUUGCCACGACUUGAAAGGUUGGAAAUAGAAGCGUGCCAAUGCAUUACGCAGCCUCUACCUCUCGCCGAGCUACGCUCCCUAAUUAUUGAAAGAAGCGGCAUGGGUGCAGCGAGCCUCCAGAUGAUUGUUCGCUCUUGCCCGAAAUUAGAACAUUUUGGGUAUAAUGACUGGGAGGGACAUUAUCCUCCAUGGUAUUCGGGGGACGAAGAAGACGCGUGUUCAUGGGGAUCGGUGCAACGCAUAUUACGCUUACGAAAGACGACUCUGAAGCAUUUGAAUAUCGCCUUUGGUCGGGCUGACGAUUUUGAUUACGACAUGUCAGACCCAGCAGUUUAUCUGGGUAGUUUCCGCGAGUUUGCUAGGCUGGAGACGUUGUGGGUGUUAACAACCAGCUUUGGCAUAGAUGGCGAUCGAAAUCCUUCAUUCCCAGAAGAUGUGCAAGACUUGGUCGACAUGCUGCCUGAAUCGAUCACUUGUCUCGCUUUCUGUGGCGACCAUAAGAAUUGGCAUGGGAUAAAGACGCUAGCCCUGGCAGUUCAACAGGGGUAUUUCCCAAAUCUUAAGCAUGUGGCGGUGGAACAAGUUGAAACAGAAUUUGAAGAGUCUCGCAAAGAACUUGCUACGCUCGGUGUGAGCUGCACAAGUUUAUACCAAAGAUAUAUACAGACUCAUGCUUAUUUCGGAUCUUAUCUACGUGGUCAGUCUUGA